UUUUACUUCUUUUUCUUUCAUUGUGUCAUCUGUCAUGCUCGAAGAGCAGAUGCUGUUAUAAAUUAAGAUUCUUUUUGAGACCAUCGGAUGUUCCACAGAGCUGGGUGGACAGAUGAGAGACCGUGUCUGAAGUCGAAGAGAAGACAUUCAUAGGUUUGAAAAUGGCAGCCAGCUAACAAUUGGAGAAAAAUCGACUUGAGCAAUCAUUAAAUAAAUCAAUGGCAGAGAAAUCCAGGAAAUAUGUAAUGAAACUUUGAAUGACGGAGACCCAGGAAAAAGAAAAAAAAAAAAAUAAGAGCAACGACAUGAAUAUUCGUAAGAGAAUAAACAAUGCUGGUAAGGAAAGAAGAAAAUGAAAUAGUAAUAAUCAACAUUAAAGAAGAAGAAAAUUGUAGAGAAAACAGAAAGCUCUAGAGAAGAAAAAAGGGAUAAUUUACAUAGGAGAGGAGAAUGUGACGAAUUUUACCUAAUUUCUCUUGCAAAAUGAAAUAGUUUCCAGCUUAUUUUCUCGCCUAAACUGUUCAGCAGAAAUGCUGAGAUAUAGUCGAAGGGGAGUGGGGGAGCGACAUAAAAAUGGUCAGUCAUUCAAAACUUGGGACACACACACACACUUAUUCGUUUGUGAUCAUCCAUUUACAGCUUCGCAUGCUGCUACUUACAAGCUAUAUUUUUUUCUGACAAAUAAAAUCUUCUUCGCUGGCUGGCUGGCUGGCUGGCUGGCUGGCUGCCGUUCAUUGCAGCUGCUGUGGUGAGCCCACGCUGAUAGCAGUGUUCUAGAGCGGCUUACCAUUUCGUCUCUGACUAACGUGCACCGAGGAGACCCUAAGCACCGUGAAAGUCUUUGACUUGCUUCCUGACAGGCUGUCCACCUGGCCUGAAUUUCUUCUUGUCCUCGUCCCUGCCAAAGUCAUUUGCCGUCCCUUGCCCACCUUACAGUCCAGUCCUCAAAUGGCAAAAAUGUGGAGCCUGCUUCCCCGUCUCCGAUGACAGACAUUCACAGUCCUCUUCGUGAAUCUCCUUUUGCUCGAUACGAUGACAACGACCAUGCUUCAUUGUCGCAACUGUCAUCGUUGCUGUCCUCGCGUUCAUGUAGUCUUUCUCAUCGACGAUGACCGACAAAAGUUCACCGGUGGCCAGCCUAUCCCUGUCAACAGGGCAACUGGACGACACCAUCAGGAACUACGACGACGAGCGAGAGGUUGCUGCCACAGGAAACAGCUCUGAUGACUGCUUACUACACCCUGUUGAUGGCCUUGUCUGUCGUCAGCAACGGGACGAUCGGGGUUGUCUUCUACAAAAAGCCGCAGCUUCUAACAGUCUCCAACAAUUUUGUACUCAACCUGGCUUGUUGUGAUAUAGGCCUAAGCAUCCUUGUCCUUCCCUUUGCCGCGGCCGCCACGGUGCUGGGCGAGUGGCCACUCAGUACCGCCUGGUGCCGCAUCGAGAGUUACCUCCUCGUGGUUCUGGCAGUGGCCAUGCAUUACUCCCUGCUGGCCAUUUCCCUCGAUCGUAACUACGCCAUUAUCAACUCUCUGCGCUACCCGUACAUCUUCACCCACAGACUAGGCAACAGCAUCAUCGGGGCCACCUGGGCUCUCGGGUUUGCUCUGGGCCUGCCGCCACUGCUGGGCUGGGGCUCUUUUCGCUACGACACGCAGCAGUUCAUCUGCAGCAUAGAGUGGGGCGUCAACAGCCGUUAUCCAGUCGUUCUCCUGAUACUCGUCAUUGUGAUCCCUGCUCUUGUCCAGGCCUGGUGCUAUCUGAGCAUCUUCCGGGCAGCCCUGGGACACACCAAAAGAUCGACAAAAGUGUACCCGUCCACCACCAUCACCACCACCACGGCAACAACGACGACCACAAGUAGUACGGCGACAGUAGACACUGUUACGGGGACGACCAGCUCGUCGGAUUCUUACGACAGUUCCCUGCCGACGCAGAAUGUGCGCAGCAUUCGUAGCACGGAAUGCAAGGCGGUGAAGACGAUUCUUCUGAUCGGCGCGGCGUACUUUCUUUGCUGGACGCUCUUUGUAGUGGCGGCCUGCCUCCGCUACAACCACAUCCCGGUCUCCACGACGAUCAACACCAGCGCCGUGACCCUCGUCUUCCUCAGCUGCGUCCUCAACCCGCUUAUCUACGCAUUCAUGAAUCGGGCAACCCGCUACGAGAUCUGGAGGUUUUGGGGAAGAAUCUUCCAGCAACUGUCGGGGCAGUCCUCUCUGCCCUUUGUGGACGGCGACAACCCCGCCUCAUCGACGUGGACCACCACGUUGUCAUCAGGCCGUCAAUCCAGCGGACUUUGGGCCACGCCCAGUCUACGAGCACAGCGGGGCAGCAGCAGGAGUCUUGCAGGAGGCGGGGCACGCAACGUCGAGAUGAUCACCAUCAAGGAAGAAUCAGAAAUUGAAGAAGAACUCGGACACCAUGCUGCUGCCUCGAUGACCAGCGACCUUGCUGUAGUUCCAGCCUCAAGCACCACCGUCACAUCUCCCGAUGCUCUCCGCACAGCAGUGGUCAAAUCGAGUAUGUCAACACGGAUUAAACACUCUAGUGAGGACCCAGGAGUCAUUGUGCUAAAUCCCAUGGAACUGAAUGAAGAACUGCAUUCAAAGAAAGCAGACACCAGUCCUUUUGACACUCAGUGUUAUGAACAUCACUAGUGAAUGCGAGAACAACAGGGGCCAAUCAGAAGCAGAGUAAGAAAAGAACACAGUCAAUACAAAGAAGGAAUGAGUGCGAGACAGUAACUGUAGUCGAGUGUGGAUGACACGCAAUUUGUAUGAUGUCCACCCGACCACCCCAGACUGUGCCAUACCGGCGAUACCGCUCGUGAAAGAAGACCGUGGGAUAACACCAAGAUGUCGAACGAGAAUGGAGAAAGUCGAGAAUCGCGUUUGAAUAGUUUAAUUUCUGGACAAAACACUAAGGAUAUAUUCAGGAAAAUGACUGCUCGGGACAGGUGCACAAGGGAGCAAUGACUGAUAAGCACGUUUUAACAAAACUCUCGACACUUAGAGGUAUUAUCGGACAUCUCGUCUUCUUAGUAGUUACCCUCAAUGUAUAUAGCCUUAUCUUAAAGAAUUUAUUUACCUUGAUACUGAGGUACAUUUGCUCCGUGUAGUAGAUGCAUAUUAUUUUUUUUAGCAUUGUUUCACCAACAUCUUAGACUGGAGAAAAAUAAAUCAGAACAUUUAUAAGACCACCUUGGAAAACACUAGAUUGAGAUUAAUGCGACCCU